UAGUGAGGCAAUUAGUGACAAGAAUGUCACUUUGUCGAGGAAAUGCACAGAGCAAGACCGAAAUACCACUAUUCAAAUUAACCAGGUUACCGAAGUGUGACAGCAGCUCCUCGUGCACAUUUUGGAAGGAACAUAUAUGUAAACUUUUGGAAAAAUAUUUAUAGAUUUUUUUUCGACUUGCUGAUUUGUUGGACACGUUCUGGUAAAAUUAUUGUUUGGUUUAGGAGGGAUAUUUUAUGUGUAGUAUUACUGUGACAUUUUUGUAACCUAUUUCAAAAAGGAAACAAUAUUAUUUAAAAAAUAAUCUUUUUUUUGCAUAUAAGAUUAUACAAAUAUAUAUCAACUUACGUUCCGAGAGGCUUUUUCUGUAGCUCGGUCAACUUCAUCAGGUUACUCUUGAGAGCGGUCAUUGCCUCGCCGUUAUUGAAGAAGGAACGAGGUAGAAGUGUCUCAGCUGCAAUUUCUUCUCUGGACUGGAGAAGAAUAAUCACUGCUCCGCUUAUCUGCACGUUGGAGGAUAUCGCUUACAUUGUAAAACUUCAUCAUCUGGCCUUCUGACAAGAAACACGAAAUGAAACCCUUUGCCUCGUUCGUCAUCCAGAUUGCAGUGACGCUCCAACUUCAGUUUUCACCUGCUCAGAGUACUCCCUCACCCAGCACAAACAGCACAACUGGAGUAUUAAUGUUCCAGGAUGUGUGGGGCCGUAGUUUCUGCCGGACCAUAGAGAAGCUGGUGGAGGUGGUCCAAGAGUACCCUGGGGAGGUGGAGCACAUCUACAGCCCCUCCUGUGUGCCCCUGGUGCGCUGCGCUGGUUGCUGUGGCGAUGAGAACCUGGAGUGUCAUCCUACUCGGACCUCUAAUGUCACCAUGCAGCUGUUGAAAAUCAAGCCAGCGGAGCAGGGUCAAGAAUACGUUGAGAUGACUUUUGUGGAGCACCAGACAUGUGAAUGUAGAAUCAGGAAGGCUGUGGUGAAAAGUGAAAGAAGGAGACAGAGAGGGAGAGGAAAGAAAAGAAAGGAGAGACAGAGAGCGAAAGCUUGUGACAGGUGUCAGCCACCUCGCAGAUAACUGCAGUAGCAGCCCUACACCUGUUGCAACCGGCAUCUCUAUUUAUUCCCUGCCCAGCGCUAACAGUAUCAAGAGUCUUCAAAACAAACACAUCAAUACUGUGUGUCUCCAUGCACCUAGAGACUCAAGCAGCUGGGUUGUUAUGGUGACAGGCCCUCUUGCUGUAGGGGAGUGUUUCUAACUUAGGUUCCACAGGAAGCACAUGUUGCUUGGUGAAAAAAAUACCUUGGUGACAACUGACCUGACAGACAUUUAUGUGAAGCAGUGCAAUUGAAGAUCAAACAUUUAAAGGUUUUACAUUUAAAAUCAUGAUGGAUAUAUUUUGCAUAAUUACAUGAUUAUUAUUGUUUAGUGUUGUUUAUUUUAUUGCUGUGGUUAUUUUAGCUGCUUAUCCCAUUUAACAUGAAUAGGCCUAUUUAUGAAUAAAUGUUCCAUUCAUGAAAUUGCAAUGUUGUUUCAUUAAAUCUUUAGGACUAACCGACUAACCAAAUACUUGGGGUCCUCUCAUGGCAAGUCGGUUCAUUAGUAGACUAGCAACUCCUUUCCCAAACUGAAUGAGUUAUAUUUUACUUUUUGUGUUGUGGUAUAAAACAUUGUACUGUCAUACAUGGUCUAUGGACUAGUACAGUCAGUGAGUUUUCAGCCUUAUGUGGAGGAGACUAGGACGUACUAAGUGCUCAGGAGCCCCUGCAGCAGCAACAAGGCUAUACUAGUAGAAUAUCACCCUCCAGUGGUUACAAAUGGCAUUUUCAGAGUAAUUAUUUUAAAAUAAGUUUGUUUAGGAUGAAGUAUAGAAUUAUAUUAUUGAUAUAAUAGGUACAGUUAUGUCCAUCAUAAUUUUUUCAUAGGACAAGGUGUUGGUGUACUUUUAUGGAAUUAAAUAGAAAUAUCAUAAAAUAACCACAAAAUCAACUUACAUGUAGGCUAUGCAAUAUACUGUAACAUACACAUUGUAUUUUUCAUCUUAGUGUUAAAAAAAUCAGACAACAAGUCACUGGCCAUGUAACAUAAUAAUCAAUAACUCCAAAGCAAGUUGACCUACAAGUAGACCUACACUGCAAGUAGACCUACACUGCAAGUAGACCUACACCCCAGUAUCAAUUUAAGGAGCUGCGUUAGAAAGAGCUGAGUUAAACCAACUUAAGCUAUGAACAAUCAUGGAACUUGAACUGACUGGUUGCUGUGAAAAUGGCUAAUUGGACCAUAUAAACUCUGUUAACAUUUUAACUUGGUGAUCAAGACACUCAGACUAGGUGUGUUCCUUGUUUCUCUAUUUCAUUUAUAGGCCUAUAACUUCUGCUGUCAUUUCUGUUUCAUGACUUACGGCGUUAUUGUGUUUUUUUCAUACUACUUUGUGUUUCUGAUUCUUUCACAGCUGAACCAAAUAUUAAAAUGAGUUGCUGCUCUUAGAGUUUCAAUGUUUCUAUUCCCAUCUGUCAUCCACUCACCUCAAGUCAUUUUACAAUCUACACACUAAUCGAGUACACUACCACAUUGCCCGCCACCUGUGGUGGGUCUGUUUUCAACAUGACUUUCAUAUUGGCCUUUUUGUGUAUUAUCUGUUGAAUAAAGCAGUGGGUUGAUGUACAGAACUAUGAAUGACAUUUUACACUUAAGAGUAGACAAUUGUUUUAUCAUUUGUGCUUGUUGUGUAUUUAUUAGACAGCUUGAAGACUAAGAUCUUCAGUGUCCUUGAAUAUGACUAAGAACAAAUUUGUUCGGGAGAAGUGCAUGCCUAUUUUAUCUCAAAAAUAAAAUACAAUCUGUGAUGUUGUAAUCAAAUAUGAUAAAGGAUAUGCCCAAACAUCUGAGUGAGUAUUAUAUAUUGUAAAUAUAUAUAGAUAUAUUAUAUCUGUGAAGAGUGUGCAACAGUUAAUAAAGAAAUAUA